AUGACCGAGCCGAGCAGCAAAAAACAAGGAUUUAAAAAGUGUCGGAGUGCCACGUUCAGCAUUGAUGGAUUCAGUUUUACAAUCGUUGCAAAUGAAACCGGAGAGGGUGCCACCAGACCACUGGCUCGCUUUUCACGCUCGAAGUCACAGAAUGCCUUGUGGAAUGCCAUAACAGCAGGCAUCGGGAUCAGAGACAAGGACAAGAGAGGGAUUUUAAUCGACCCCCGCAGUCCUGAGGAGAUCCUGGCCGAUGAGCUGCCUGCUGUCGACAGUCCUGAUGCCAUGGAGAAGACUGCAAUCAGGAGAAAAUAUAAGAAGACGUCACAGAGAUUGCGAUGUUUGGUAAAACAGCUGGAGCGGGGCGAGGCCUCUGUCGUCGACCUGAAAAAAAAUCUGGAAUAUGCAGCUUCUGUACUGGAGUCAGUAUACAUCGAAGAAACACGGCGGCUGGUGGACACGGAGGAUGAGCUAAGCGAUAUCCAGUCAGAUUCUGUGCCCUCGGAGGUACGGGACUGGCUGGCCUCCACCUUCACGCGACAGAUGGGGCUGAUGCUCAGGCGGACGGAGGAGAAGCCUCGCUUCCGCAGCAUUGUGCAUGCCGUGCAAGCUGGAAUAUUUGUUGAGAGGAUGUACCGCCGGACAUCCAACAUGGUGGGAUUAAGCUAUCCGCCCAGCGUGAUCACAGUACUGAAGCAUGUAGAUACAUGGUCAUUUGAUGUGUUUGCGCUGAAUGAUGCAAGUGGAGAUCAUGCACUGAAAUUCAUAUUUUAUGAGCUUCUCACCAGAUAUGACUUAAUAAAUCGCUUCAAGAUCCCCAUCUCUGCCCUGGUGUCAUUUGUAGAAGCUUUGGAAGUGGGCUACACCAAACACAAAAACCCUUAUCAUAACCUUGUCCACGCUGCAGAUGUCACUCAGACUGUACAUAAUUUUUUGCUCAAGACCGGCAUGGUGCACUGGCUGACUGAGUUAGAAAUCUUUGCUAUGAUAUUUGCAGCAUCCAUACAUGAUUAUGAACACACCGGGACCACUAACAAUUUUCACAUACAAACAAGAUCAGAUGCAGCUAUUCUGUAUAACGACCGAGCAGUCCAGGAGAACCAUCACGUCAGUUCUGCAUAUCGACUCCUACAGGAAGAUGACGAGAUGAACAUCCUGUAUAAUUUAUCAAAGGAUGACUGGAGAGAGUUUCGGAGCCUAGUAGUUGAGAUGGUUUUGGCUACAGACAUGUCCUGUCACUUCCAGCAGAUCAAGGCCAUGAAGAACUUUCUCCAGCAACCAGAGGCGAUUGACAAACCAAAGGCGUUAUCACUUUUACUACACACUGCAGACAUCAGCCACCCUGCCAAAAAGUGGGACCUGCAUCAUCGCUGGACCACCUCUCUACUUGAGGAGUUUUUCCAACAGGGGGAUAAAGAGAUAGAACUGGGUCUGCCUUUCUCUCCUCUUUGUGACCGCAAGUCCACCAUGGUGGCCCAGUCUCAGAUCGGCUUCAUUGACUUUAUUGUGGAACCCACCUUCACUGUGCUCUCGGACAUGACAGAGAAAAUCAUGACACCGCUCAUCAACGAGGCUUCACCCUCUGGCCUUGCUGGCUUUAGACGCUCCAGCCUGAACAGCAUUGAAUCAGACGGCAAGUCGAAAGGCUCAGAGGGCAGCACGUCUCACAACUCCUCCCUGUGUAGCGUCGACUUUAAGAACUUUAAAAGUACCUGGAACGACGAGGUGCAUCAAAACAGAGAGACAUGGAAAGGCCUGGCAGCCAAAGACUUGGAGGAAAAAGCCAAAAAAGAAGCAGAAGAUAAAGCAAAUGAAAAGGAACCUGAUGGAAAUCAGAGCAAGACUGAAGAGACAGCAGAUACUGCACAGAGCAAUGAGCAGAAGGACAAUCCACAGAACAAAACCUCUGGAGAUUCAUCACCCACAAACCGAAAUAGAGUCAUCAGACAGAGGGGCACGGAAACAGAUCAAGCAGAAACAAAACUCAAAGCUGACAGGAAGGAGCCGACAGAGCAGCAACCUAAAGAGGAAGAGGGCAAUAAGGACCCAGGGGGGAAGAACGCAACGCAGGCAGAACCUGCUGAUGAAGGGGGUGAGGCUAAAGAGCCCGACACCAACAGUGAUACAGACAACAGCCAACAAGUUCAAAAUGGGGAGGUGGGAGAGGAACUGAACUCACCUGACAGUGACAACAGUGACACAAAGAGCUCAGACGGUGCAGAUGAGGAGCACAGCAAUCAUGAAAACUCAGCCAGCUCAAUAGUAGUCAGUGCUGCAGCAGCAGCUACAGAAACGCCUGAUGCACACUAACCCCUCUUUCAUUUUUCAACAAGGACGCCAUCCUCUGGGCGACUCACAUACUCCUGCACCAUGGUGCCAUCUGCUGGAUUGUCUGAUAUUUUGGCGCUUGUUUUCCCUCUUACUUGCCUUUCAUUUGGAAAGAAAAUGUUAAUAUUGUUUGGAAUUUUAUUUUUUUACAUUUAUCCUUUGUUGCCUGAUCUUUCCCUGCUUUUACUCUGUCAUUAUGCAUUCACUGUCAAGUCUGAAUUUGCAAAGAAACAUAAACAGGGGUGCAGCAUGCAGACCUCAGUACAGAGUCGUGCUAGCCAACUGGAUGCUUAUAUAGAGGGUGUGCUGGCACUGGAAGCAAAAGGGAGCAUAUGGCAGAAUGACCAUUGUGUGUUUCCUACAGCUGAGCUAUUGCUGGAAAAUAUUGGCAACAAAACCCACUGCCCAUCCUUUAGCUAAGUAGCUAAGACAUUGCCAAAAGUGAAAAACCUAGCCUGGAAGCUAAUGCACAGCUGGCUCAACUGGGCUCUGUGUACCAGUAAUGCUCUUCCUGAGGUAGACGCCAAAGGUGAAUGUUAUUAUAUAUAUACGGUA